AAAAAGUCAUUCUUUGAUCACCCCUUAAAGUUUUCUUUGCUUUUGCUUCUUCUUUUGUGGUUCCCUUCUUGUAUUGCAAUCUUUCUUUUUAUCUUUUCUUCUUCAUUGGGUUUUGGGGUUGUUCCAAUCUUGGUUUCUUUAUAAGUUUUUUAAUCAUUUUUUUUUUUCUGACACCCCCAAAUUCUAUUCCUAGACCAAAAUCCUUGUUUGGGUGUCUUGGUAUUAGGGUUUGUUUUUUCUUGUUGGCUUUUAUGUCUCACGGGUUUGAAUAAAAAAAACCCCAUUUUGGGAAAAACAAUGCUGUAAUAAAUGGGUUAUGCAGAUUUGGUUUUAUCAAGUUUUUAGACCUGGUUGAGUAAUUUUUACAAAUAAUUGGUGUGCAACUUUGUUUGGAUUGAGAUAUGGGGUGUGUUCAUGGGAAGUGUUGUUGUAGAUAUCCAAGAUCUUCAGAUGGUGAUAAUAGGGAAGAUUUGGGUAGAUAUGCUCAGGUUCAAACUCAUAUUCUUGCUGGAAGGUCUGUUGAAAGUGCUCAAGUUCCUUCCCAUAACUUCAGGUUAGAGUAUUCGGUGCUUACGCAACGCGGGUUUUAUCCUGAAUCACCUGAGAAAGAAAAUCAGGAUAGUUAUUGUAUCAGAACACAGCUUCAGGGUAAUCCAAAUGUUCAUUUCUUUGGGGUGUUUGACGGGCAUGGACAGUUUGGUACUGAAUGUUCUGUGUUUGUUAGGGAUAGGCUUGUUGAAAUUUUAUCAAAUGAUUCUACAUUGUUGGAUGACCCUGUUAAGGCUUACAAUUCUGCAUUUUCAAUAACAAAUGAAGAACUUCAUGAUAGUGAUAUUGAUGAUUCCAUGAGUGGGACAACUGCUAUAACUGCUCUUCUUGUUGGAGACAUGUUGUAUGUGGCUAAUGUAGGUGAUUCAAGAGCAGUGAUGGCUGUUAAAGAAGGAAAUAGAGUUGUUGCCAAAGAUUUGUCUUCUGAUCAGACACCAUUUAGGAAAGAUGAAUGUGAGAGAGUGAAAAGCUGUGGGGCAAGAGUUCUUAGUGUUGAUCAAGUGGAAGGUCUAAAGGAUCCUGAUAUUCAAUCAUGGGGGGAUGAGGAAACAGAAGGAGGUGAUCCACCUAGAUUGUGGGUUCAAAAUGGGAUGUAUCCGGGGACUGCUUUUACGCGGAGUGUUGGAGAUAGUACAGCUGAAAGCAUUGGUGUGGUUGCGGUUCCAGAGGUGACAACAGUACAUCUUACAGCUCAUCAUCCUUUCUUUGUAGUUGCAAGUGAUGGCGUCUUUGAGUUCCUCUCCAGCCAAACUGUGGUGGACAUGGUAAAUAGAUCCGCAGAUCCUAGGGAUGCAAGUUCAGCCAUUGCUGGAGAAUCUUACAAACUGUGGCUAGAUCAUGAAAAUCGGACAGAUGAUAUAACAAUCAUCAUUGUACAUAUUAAAGCCUUAUCCAAUUUGGGAUAGUCAGGUGGUGGUGCCACAGCCAAAAGAAAUGGAGGAAGAACAACAAACACAAAGAAAGAAACAUCGGAGAUAUAUUUCACUCCAUCUGCUUCGGAAGGUUAUCGGUCAGUAAGGAGUGAGUUGUCUGAAGUGAGCUGUUGUCAAACUGUUUCGUCAUCAGACCAGAGCUCCAGAGUAGUAGUUUCAUCUAGCUUGGAUUGAACAAAGAAAAGACUUCCAAGGGUUUCCACGCAUUUCCACAUAUUUUAGAUGUGCCUGAAACGAUAGCAGGACCUGAGCAGCAUUCAUUUAGUAGGUGAACCUAUGUCCUUUCCUUGUAAAAGAAUCUAGCAGUUUAUGGAUCUAUUGCCCUCUGACUUCAACUGGUUACACUACUCACUUCAGUUACUUCACACUUUACGUUCUCAUGCAUAGCACAUCAAUCAAGUUUACCCGAGUUGUUCUGGAGACUUCUGCGUUGCUUCUGUCAAAAAGCUUAACACUAAUGCACAUGUACAUGGGUUAGUCAAUAGUUGCAUCUUCUUGCAACAAAAAAGAGCAAACUUUGUACUGUAUUCUAUCUAAACUUGUCAGUUUUAGAAUGACAAUAAUUC